AUGGCGGCUUUGGCUCCCGGAAUCCUUCAAAAGCUAAUCGAAGGUAUGAAAACGGGAAUCAAACCGACCAGAGAGCACCGGAGCUCUAUGUUACAGGUCACCGAUAUCGUCCCCAUGGAUCUCGACGAGAAGAAUCUGGUGCCCCAAAAAGGGUUUCUCCUCAAAGUCUCCGAUUCCUCUCACUCAAUAUACGUCACACUUCCUUCGGACCAAGACGACGUCGUUCUCAGCAACAGGAUGCAGCUGGGUCAGUUUAUCUACGUCGAUCGGCUCGAACCCGGAUCUCCUGUUCCCAUCAUCAGAGGCGCAAAGCCAAUCCCUGGCCGGCACCCUCUGCUCGGGACGCCGGAGCCGUUGAUGGGUCCGAAAGGUAAAGCCGAUCAAGAACCUGGGUCGAAGCCAAGAAGAGGGUCUUGGGGACAAAACGGCGACUUUGCGUCCCCGUUUGUCCUGAAACCAACGCCGUUGGAUUUUGACCGUUCCACGCCGGCGAAGAGGACCGCUUCAGCUAGAUUCGCAGCGUCUCCGAUCAGAAGAGGCGGCGUGAGAUGCUCCUUUGGCGGAGGGGUUUUGGGGAAAAUGGAAGGAGAGAGUCCGGCGAUGCUGAGAAAGAGCUGUGCUGUUCCGUCGGCUUCAAAGUUUCCGAGAAGUAGAAGUGUUUGUGACAGAGAAGCGAAGAGGAACAAUAAUAAUACAUCAGCUUCUGUUCUUACUCCAUUCAAAUCCUCCGUAGAAGCUCAAGAAGAUAUUGUUCCAUUGUCCACAUCGAAGAAGACGGCUUCCUUAAGGCAGGAAUCUCAUAUUAAGCUGAUGAAACCCUUGAAAGAUAACAAUCUACCAGGAAGAUUCAACACACUAAGCAAGGAAGCAACUCAGCUUCAGGAAACAGCUCAGAAGAUUGCCCUUCAGGCAUUGCGAGAAGCUACAGCUACCGAAACAGUCGUUCGUCAUAUCAAGACAUUUGCUAAUCUGAGCAAAUCAGCAAAAGCUGAUUGUCCUGCCGUUUGCUUUGAGAAGUUCAUGGAGUUUCACAAACAGAUGGCACAAACUAUAUCCGAAAUAGCAUCCAUUGAAGCAGAGAACAAGUCACAGAGCAUGAACACAAGAACCGAAAACCAGAGACCAGGAGAAGAAGAGUCUUUGGUCUUGCACGAGAUCGCUCACAACUCUAUUGAUCAAGAGAAAAACAGAACAAAGAGGCGGCUUAUCCUGAAGCAGCAGAGUGAAGGGAAGACACUGAGAUCAAAUGACGAGAACAAGAACCCAGCGGCUUGUGGCGGAAUAAGCAACACGAUAAGGCUGGCGAAGGAAGUCAAGGACGAAGCUGCGAACUGGUUCAUGGAUUUCAUCGAAACGGCUCUGGAGAAAGGUAUGAAGAAAUCUAGAGGCCCUGAUGAUGCAGACGUUAAGAAGGUUCCUCAAUCUCUGAUUCUCAGAGUUUUAAACUGGAUUGAAGUCGAACAAUCUGAUAGCAACAACAAGAAACGCAUAGUCCAUCCAAAAGCAUCAAAGAUCACUAGAAAGCUCAGAAUCAAAUCGAAGAAUCCUUGA